AUGAUUCCUAUUGCAUGGCACAAUGCUAUUAGAAGUGUUGGUCAAGAAUUUGAUGAUAUUGAACAUUGUCGGCGGAGUUUAAGUAAUUACUCUAUUGCACGAGGAUUUAACUUUGAAUUUGUAAAAAAUGAACGCAAAAGGGUGACAGCAAAAUGCAAGGCCGCAAACUGCGAAUGGAUGGUUCAUUGCACCCGUCGUAGAGAUAAUGAUCGAUUCUAUGUGAAAAAAAUAUAUAGUUCUCAUAGUUGCUUGGGAGGAGGCAUAGGAAAGGAAGGAUAUCAACGGGCAUCUCGUAAGUGGAAUGCUAAUCAGCUCAAGACCAUAUUGAAGGAACAAUCCACUUAUCGCCCAAUUAAUUUUCAAAAGAAGCUUAAAAUGGAAUUUGGUUUGGACAUCCCUUAUCAUAGAAUUUGGUGGGGAAAAAAGCUAGCUCAACGUGAGUUGUAUGGUGAUACUAAAUUUUCAUAUGACCAACUCCGAUGGUAUAAGAAUAAAGUUAUAGAAACUAAUCCAGGAUCAAUUGUUCACCUAGAGCAUGAGGAUGGAAGAUUUACACGAGUAUUUGUGUCUUAUUAUGCUUGUUGGAAAGGGUUUAUGGAGGGAUGUAGACCAAUAUUGUUCUUGGAUGGUACACAUCUUUUUGAUAGGUAUAAAGGAACCUUACUUGCCGCAACUGCUCUAAAUGGAGAUGGUGGUAUGUUUCCCGUAGCAAUUUGCAUAUGCGGGACGGAAAAUGAGAGUAAUUGGGAAUGGUUUUUGGAAUGCAUUCGGGACAUCCUCUUCAAUGAUGAAGAUCCAUAUACUCCAGAUGAUGAACUGGUGUUAAUCUCUGAUAGGGACAAAGGACUUCAGAAUUCCGUGAAGAAAUGCUUUCCAUGGUCACAUCACUCUUAUUGUAUUCGCUUAUUAUAUGGAUGGUUGACAUCAAACGUAGCGGAGUCAUUCAAUGCUUGGAUCAAAGAAGCUCGUUAUUUGCCAAUUACCCAAACAAUUAAUAACAUUCGCAAGAAAAUAAUGAGGAUGAGUUUUGAAAGGCGGGAGGCAUCCCACAAGUGGACCACAACAUUUGUUCCCACUGUGGAAGAGCACCUUAUUCAGAUUAAUGAGCAAUCACGUUGUCUUUCUGCAAUUCCUUCUACUACCGGAAGGUACGAGGUGUAUGAUUUGCCCACCGUUGAAGUAGAUUUGAAUGAACGCACAUGCACUUGUCAUGAAUGGCAAGUAGUCGGGCUACCUUGCAAACAUGCGGCGACGGUUAUUCGGCAGAAUAUGGACACCCUUUACUCCUAUAUUUCCCACUACUUUAGUGUGGAGACAUACCGUAAAUGCUACUCCUUUCCGAUAUACCCAAUUCCUGAUGAUGACAAGCCAUAUAUAGAUGACGAAAAUAUGGUGAUUCGGCCACCGAAAACUUCAAUUCUUCGUGGAAGACCAAGGACGAAGCGCAUUCCUUCGGGAUUGAAUCCGGGCAAAGAGUUAAGAUGUAGUAGAUGUCAACAAUAUGGGCACAACCGUAGAACAUGUAGACAGCCUAUUGCAGACUAG